CUUGGUUCAGGUUCCGGGGCGCUGUGGAGCUCCCGGCCUGUGGGUCGCGCGCGGCGCUCUGCGGCGGCCGGGAUGGAGGAGGCUGGAGCGGUGGUGGCCACGGCCGGGGAGGCCGAACUGAACUUGUCCCGCCUCAGCGUGUCCCCCGAGACCCUGGAGUCGGAGCUGGAGGCGCGGGGCGAGGAGCGGCGCGGCGCGCGGGAGGCGCUGCUGCGGCUGCUGCUGCCGCACAACCGUCUGGUGUCGCUGCCGCGGGCGCUGGGCAGCGGCUUUCCGCACCUCCAGCUGUUGGACGUGAGCGGCAACGCGUUGACCGCGUUGGGGCCGGAGCUGCUGGCGCUGCGCGGCCUGCGCACGCUGCUGGCCAAGAACAACCGGCUCGGCGGGCCCGGCGCGCUGCCCAAGGGCCUGGCCCAGUCGCCGCUCUGCCGCAGCCUCCAGGUGCUCAACCUUAGCGGGAACUGCUUCCAAGAAGUUCCAGCCUCGCUGCUGGACCUGCGCGCGCUGCAGACCCUCAGCCUCGGCGGCAACCAGCUUCAGAACAUCCCAGCCGAGAUCGAGAACUUGAGGAGUUUAGAGUGUUUAUAUCUUGGAGGAAACUUCAUCAAAGAAAUCCCGCCAGAAUUAGGAAAUUUGCCUUCUCUAAAUUACUUGGUAUUAUGUGACAACAAAAUCCAAAGUGUGCCUCCUCAGCUUUCACAGUUGCAUUCACUUCGUUCCCUCAGUCUUCACAAUAACUUGCUGACAUACCUGCCUCGAGAGAUCCUCAACCUUAUUCAUUUGGAAGAAUUGAGUUUGCGAGGAAAUCCAUUGGUUGUUCGUUUUGUUAGAGAUUUAACCUAUGAUCCUCCAACUCUCCUGGAGUUAGCUGCACGGACCAUUAAAAUUCGAAAUAUUUCCUAUACUCCCUAUGAUCUUCCUGGGAAUCUUCUUAGAUACUUGAGUUUAGCCAGCAAUUGUCCAAACCCAAAGUGUGGAGGAGUCUACUUUGAUUGCUGCGUCAGACAAAUUAAAUUUGUGGACUUCUGUGGGAAAUACCGUCUCCCCCUGAUGCACUACCUGUGUUCACCGGAAUGCUCUUCCCCUUACAGCUCUGCCUCUCACAGCUCCACAUCCCAGAGCGAAUCUGACUCAGAAGAUGAAGCCAGUGUGGCUGCACACAGAAUGCAGAAAGUUCUUCUUGGUUGAAAAGGGAGCAGGGUGGUGUGAAACACUAGAAGACUGAGCAGAGGUGGUUAGAAAAGAGAAUAGACUUGGAAGUUCACUAGAAACCGUACCUUCAUCUUAAAUGUCCAUGACGGAGUUGGAGAUGGUGUAAAAGAUUUUGUGUUUCUAGCCGUUCAGCAGGAAUGAGUCCAGUUCCAUGUUUGGAUUCUUUUAAUAUAAUUCACUGUGAAUGGCAGUUUCAGAUUUAGCUGAUUGUUUGCAGUUUUCACUCAAGUUUUGCAUGAAUCACACAGCAGAAUGGAACAUCCUGAAGGAGCAGUGCUAUAAUAAACCAUGAGUGGUGUAA